AUGGCUGUCUCCGCCCUCGCCUCUCGCAUUUUCCGCAACUUGUUCGGAACACAAGAAAUUCGGGACAUCUUCACCGAUAAGGCAGAUGUGCAAUCCCUAAUUGAAGUCGAAGCUGCUUUGGCGCGCGCCGAAGCAGCUGUUGGUGUGAUCCCCGCCGACGCAGGAAAGGCACUUACCGACGCUUUUGCACGCCUUCAGAUUGACAUCCUCCGAAACUCGGAGCGGAUCGAGGAGAUCGAGCAGCGGUGCCUGCUUGUCCAGUUCGGUGGUGCGGCGGGCAUAAUCGCUUCAUUGGGUGCCGACGAUACAGGGCUCCGGGUUCGGGAGCAGCUUGCCGUCGAACUUGGAUUGAACAAUCCCGAUAUCACUUGGCAUGUUGCGCUGGAUAACGUGGCGGAGAUCCUCAACUUCCUGGCUCUUGCGGGUGGCACAUUAGGGAAGAUUGUAUUGGACAUGAUGAAAAUGUCUUCGAAUGAGUUUGACGAGAAGCGUAAUCCUAUCUCCAGUGAGGUGAUCCUGGCUGCGUCGAAGAUGCUGCGUGCCAAUGCGUCACUAGGAUUAGAUGUCAUGGUUACCGACUAUGAGCGUGCCUCUGGGCCGUGGCAUUUGGAGUGGGUGGCUCUUCCUGAUGCUGUCGUGACUGCAGUGGGCGUUUUGCACCGGACGGAUUGCGCUCUCGGGGGAUUGGGGGUUAACGUUGACUCGAUGAAACGCCAUCUGUAUUCCACACAGGGGUUGAUUGUGGGCGAGGCUGUGAUGAUGGGACAGGCACCGCAUUUGGGACAACAAGGAGCUCAUGAUCUCGUUUAUGAGGCCUGCAAAUGUGUCAUUGAACAGAAUCGGACCUUGCUUGAAAUUCUUCCGGAGUUGCCUCCUUGA